AUGGACUCGCAGCAACAACUCUCUCCGGCAGUAGAUAGUGCUGUCGGGUCGCGCGUAGGCCAGGCCGCCGGACUGCAGCAGCCGAAGAGAUAUGUUCCGCCGCACCUUCGCAACCGGCCCCCUGCGCAGGACAAUUUCUCCGGCGCAGGCGGGUAUCCAGAGUAUCCUUCUUCGUCAAAUGCGCUUUCCUCCCAGGCACACGGUCAGACUUACUCGCCCACUGACCGCACCUUCAACUCGAGUUCGAGCAACGGCCUCGCCGCGGGCAGCCCCGGCCAGAAUCAGCAGACCGGCCGUCGCUAUGUGCCACCGGGUUCCGGCGACCGCUUCAGCUGUCUAGGCGCUGGCGGCGCCCGCUACACGCCUCCGAACACGACUUACAAUACUCCAGCCGGGGGUCAGGGAGAAAUCCCAGGAAAUGCAGCUGGAAAUGCUCAGGGCGGUGUGUACAACGCCCGCGCCGCAGCGAUGCAGCAAGGCGGCUACGGAUCCUCUCGGACGAUGCGCGCGAGCGUGACGGGGACCGGCUGGGAUGUGCGAGACGGCCGCCGCUACGUUCCCGAGAAAGAGAAGGAUGUGUUUAGCAGCGACAAGCUGCAGAGCACGGGCAUCAAGUUCGACUCUUACGACAAGGUCCCAGUUGAGUUGAAGGGCCGCGGCGCGGAGCGUAUCAUGGCCAUCGAGUCGUUCCAGACUCCGGGUAUGCAGAUCCACCCACUGCUCCUACAGAACGUGUCGCGCGUGAACUACACAAAGCCCACGCCGAUUCAGAAGAACUCCAUUCCUACGAUUCUCUCCGGCCGCGAUUUGAUGGCCUGUGCACAGACCGGGUCCGGAAAAACUGCCGCCUUCCUCUACCCCAUCAUCGCACGCAUGCUCCAGGACGGGCCGCCUCCAUUGCCUCAGGCAGCUGCAGGUGGCGGUUCUGGCUACCGGAAGCCGCCCGCGUACCCCAUCUGCCUGGUCCUUUCGCCCACCCGCGAGCUCGCCAUGCAAAUCUACGAAGAAGCGCGCAAAUUCCAGUUCGGCACAGGCGUCCGGACUGUCGCUGUGUACGGAGGAAGCGAUGUGAAGCGGCAACUCAUCGACCUCGACGGUGGCUGCGACAUUUGCGUCGCCACCCCAGGCAGGCUUGUGGACCUGCUGGAACGGAGAAAGGUCCGUCUUGGUUUGGUUCAGUUUUUUGUGUUGGACGAGGCAGAUCGCAUGCUGGACAUGGGUUUCCUGCCCCAGAUCAAGCUGAUUGUCGAGAGCUUCGACUUGCCCCCAUCGCCUACGCCGCAGACAGCAGGCUAUCCGUCUCUUGGCGGCGACAGCGGCGCCGGGCGCCGCGUGGGUCGGCAGACGGUCAUGUUCAGCGCUACGUUCCCGCGAGAAAUUCAGAUGCUAGCGAAGGAUUUCCUGGAGGACUACAUCUACCUUGCGGUUGGCCGCGUCGGGAGCACCAACGAGUUCAUUCGGCAGCGCCUGCAGUACGCAGAUGAGGACCAGAAGCUCAAGUUGCUAGUCAAGCUGCUGCGCGAGACUGAAAAGGGUCUGACGAUCAUUUUCGUUGAGACGAAGCGGAAAGCGGACAUGAUUGAGGACUACCUCGUGGACGACGACUUCCCAGCGGUCUCGAUUCACGGUGACCGGACACAGCAGGAGCGCGAGGAGGCGCUCCGGCUGUUCAAGGCGGCCAAAUGCCCGAUUCUCGUGGCGACGGACGUUGCGGCCCGAGGUCUGGAUAUCUCCAACGUCACACACGUGAUCAACUUCGACUUGCCGACCAACAUCGAUGACUAUGUGCAUCGCAUCGGUCGUACAGGUCGCGCUGGGAACCUCGGCCUGGCCACCUCGUUCGUGAACGAGAGCAACAAGCCGAUACUGCGCGACCUGCUGAACCUCUUGGAGGAGGCCAAGCAGGAUAUCCCCUCGUUUCUCCCGCCUCUCGUGCUCUCCUGCACCUCUUCGUCGUCUCGCAUGGGCGGCGGCUGGGGCGGAGGCCGCGGCGGGCGCGGCGGUGGAUCCUUCGGCGGGCGGCAAGGCGGCGCCGGCUACGGCAGCAUGGGUGGCGUGGGAGGCCGCUCUGGAGCUGCGCCGAUGGGUGACAGCCGCCUCCCCGCCACCGACUGGCGCACGACCCCCGGUGGCAGCCGUCCGAUGGGUGGCUUCCGGGCUGCGGUUAUGAGCAGCGACCGCCCUGGGGGCAUGGAUGCGUGGUAGACAGCGACAGAUCGGGGCAGAGACAAGGGGGAAAAAAAGGAGUGGGCGUGAGGCGCCAGGCGACCUUUGGAGUCACAAAAGAGACGCAGCAUGUAUUAUAAUGCCCGUCUGUCUGUGUGUGAGGGGUAGCUGUUUGAACGAGAGAAUAGAAGCUGGAACGCUGGGAGGAGGAGGAGAGGUGGGAAAACGCGCAGAAAGCGAGGGUAGAGGGGCAACUGCAGGGGCGCUGCUUCUAGGGAGAAAAGUCGAGGAUCUUUUCGGGAUCACGAAGAAGUGCUGCUCGUCUCGAAGACUGAAGGGAUCCGUGCGAAACGGGUCCGUGUUGGUUGAAAGAGGGAAAGGACGAAAAGAUAGGAGACACAGAGGACGGGUCAUCUAUAGGGAGUGGAAUGUUGUGUUGAGGGUUGGUACAGGACUCGAACACACACUCAUAUCGAUCGGCCGCAACGCCUCGAACGAUUCUACACACAAUGAAUGCAUUGUCGACUGAGUAUUCUUUCGUGUUUUGCCGUGGUUUGGAGACGCAAGGGCUGGUACACACCGUGUUGAGUGUUUGUCCACUCUGGUUGUUGGUAUCUUCAAGAGAAAACGUCCUAUGUGUGCAAAGGUCCACGACAAGAACCGAGACAGGCAGGUGUGCCGAACGCAGUUGUUCCACAGACAACUGUUUUUGGGAGCAAGAAUAUUUUCGAGGCUGACAAAAACUGCGCACUCUCGCAGCGUCUGCUGUAACGAUGGCGUACGCCUUCUGCCUUCCGGCCCCCCCAGUCUGAUUUCCGAGUUAUAGUAGAACUGACCCAUGGCGAUUCAGGUUAGCAUAGAACAUGAAUCCUGAGAUGCUUGUUGAGCCAAUCGCGAGUCACCCGCCGGAGGAAGUACAUACCGAUUCGGGUAAUCUGGCACACAGGACACCCCAUACUUUUUUAGGUGGAUGUUUAGUGUUGAGCCGCAAAAGAAUGUCUCAUUCAGGUAGCCUGCAUUUUAUUCACUUAUUUCUGUAUCGCUUGAAGUACGACUGACAAUUUGGCGUCUGCAUCCUUUCAGCAAGUUUUGAUCCUCUGACGCGAAACAACGAAUGUUGAAGCCGGCCAAACAGGGGGGAAGAGGGGUGUGGCCGCCCGCACCUCCCGUUGACCACUGCGUUUUUUGGUUUUUUCUAGACGGAUUCAACGUUACGUUUACCUACAUCAAUGAUGCCUCAGUGCUUCUAAAUUUGGGAGAUUGUGAGUCAUUUCUGCCAGAGUAUUCGCGCGAGGAACCCUCGUGUGGAAGUUGUUGCAAACAGUACCUCAAAACAAAGUUCAGCUGCCUGUAACAAAUACUGAAAUUAGAUUCUUGGGGUUGUAGGCUUACAUUGCAUUUU